AUGUCUCCGUACACUAUACCCUCCGAUGCAUGGGCGCAAUACGAAAAGAAGACGCAAGCAAGUGGAAUGCCAGCAAUUCAUACAUCUGGAUCAGAGCAAAUUGUGGACAUAGUUAUACAUCCUAGGGAUCUCAACUUGUUAUUCGUGGCAUAUGGAGGUAUGAUCGUGGACAUCCUACUACCACGUCGACCUCCAGUCACUGCACUGACAAUUCAUCCGUCUGGCCAUGUUCUGGCAGUAGGCCAUGCAGAUGGGACCAUCGCAUUCUGGGCGCUCGAAGACGAGGAUCAUCCCCUUUACGUUCGAACUCUAGAUGAAGAGGAAGAUGUCUUCGCAGUAGAUGUCACUAAACUCGAGGCAGCAUUACCCUCCGGCGACAGCUCUGGAGCAAAAGAGAGACUCGCGGAGAUCCGGGAACCCAUCUUCAAGCUGGCUUGGAGCGGCUUCCCCAAUUCAAGCGAUCCCCGCGGCGGCGACACUGUACUCACCGUCCUCGGUGGUUUGGGCCCGGACUCAUCACCAGGUCUCACAGCCUUCCUGCUACCUCCUCUCAAUUCUCCCGCACCGCCUGACGCAACAACGGCCAAGAUGCCCUCGCAGCCACCCCUUCAUCCUGAUGUUCGCGCGGCUAUGCAAGAAAUUCUGUUCCCUCUAGACUCCCACACCUACCACACUCCAGGUGCGGUGCAAGAUUUCUUACUCAUACCGCGAUCCAGUCCGCACUUCUCUGGGACUUGGGAUCCGUGCGCUGUCCUGCUACUCUCGGACAGCGCUCUAGACACCACUGGUGUCACGCGUGUCGUCGAUGCGUAUGAGUUCCCGCCCCCCGCCUUCGUAGCGUCUUUGAUGAAACCGGCAAUGCCUGGCGCUGCGGACUUGGAUGACCCUUCAGUAGCACUUAGCCAAGAGUUGGCAACGACCCUCGAAAGCAUGGCUCUGUCUGCAGAUCCGCGACAGCUGCGCUUGCCGUGGGCUUUCUCAACUGUAGAUGGAAGCAUGCUGUUCAAGAUAGACAAAGAGGCGUAUGGAAGGCUGAUGGAGGAAAGUUUGGAUGACGCGCUGCCUAUCAAAGGAGGUAAGGCCUGGGUAGAGGAUACCGAAGGCCAGAUGAAGCUCAUGAAGUUCCAGCCGCACCACAUCUUGGUCACACACGACCACGACCUUGUCAUUCGCUUCCAGGACCUAAGUGCACAACUGCUGACCAGUUCAUCCGAUUCGCCUGUACAGUCUUCUUUUCCAAAUGCCCUGUCGGCCUUGACGAUUGAACUUGGACCGCUACUUCACGACCCCUCGCUCAGGCUCUCAGCUCUACCGUCGUCGGCCGAGUCCAUCCAUUCUGCUCAAUCCGUACACUCGUCGCACUCCGUUCAGUCUCCGCAUUCCCCUGCAUCCCCUGCGUUCUCCGGAAGUGGUGAAACGAGCGCUGUCAGUCAUGAUCCCUCUGCUGUGCAGUCCAUCCAUCUCGCUCCCGAAUCCCUGGAGUGUGUUGCUGUACUGAACAAUGGCACAGUCAUCUUAAACCAACUUGAUGCUGAAGGCACCUCCAGCCCCUCGGAGAUCUCGGAUGAAGAGCUAGUCUCCCUCACGCAUGUCCCUGUACGAAGUAAACUGCGAUAUCGCCCUUACCUGGGCGUCAGAGCGGGAUGGGGCCAGGUCAGCGCGUGUGGAGUUUCAGACAUUGACCCAACGCCCCGCAUCCGCCUUAUUGCUACCACGUCUUCCGGUUCUGCGUCGAUCUACACCGUCACGCGCUCAUCAUCUGGCGCGUUUGCGAUUCCCGAUCCCCCAACACCCGUUGACGCUGCGUCCCACACACUCUCCUCCGGCUCAUUCGUGGUCGAUGCAAAGAGCGGCGCUCGGGUCGCUGCUGACCGGCAAGGGCUUUCCACGGUCUUGGAAGCCAGUGGUGCCGAGGGCGCGGGCAGACGGUGCGUGUGGGUCAGUGCGGGGAUGAAAGGCGGAUGUGCGUUGGUUGCGUUCACAGACCGCGGCGAAGCGCUCGUCUAUUCGCUUCCUUUCCUUGAGUACCUACACACGCUCCAGCUACCAGAGACUUCCCUCUCGCACGUCUCCGCCGACUCGACCGGCGACUACCUAACACACAUCGUCGACCCGACCACCCGGAUCGUUCGCCAAACUAUCUACGGCACCCUCUUCGCCACGCGACGUGCGGCGCCUUAUGCCGCCCCACUCGUCGACUUUAUGGUCGGCCACGGCGCCGUGCCCUCGCAACCUGCGCCCGUCCCGCUCGAGCCACAAACCGUCAUCGGCUCCGUGCUCGGGUACCUCGGGCGCGGCGUCACGACGGGCGUAGAGAUCGACAUGUUGUUGGCAGGCCCGGAUAGGCCGGAACCGCCGAAGUCGAUAUACGACCCGACGGGUCGUGUGCCGGCUGCAUCACGCGAUGGGAAGGCGAAAGACGUGGACCAGGGUGGCGCAACCGCGUCGUCGGUGAAGGCUGCGUCGGCGCAGAUGUCGAGCGGCGCACUCGGGAACCUCGAAGAACAAUUCAACUCGCUGGAGCAGGGCAGUAAAAGCAUGGUCGCGCAGCAUGCCGAAGAAGCCGUCCUCGCGCGACGUCUCGCGUUUAUGUUCCCAUUCCUCGGUGUGCUUCGUGACCAGGUGCUCGAGUUGACAGUCUGGUGCCACAUGCAAUGCGGUGUCCCAUCAGCUCAGUACAUGUGGUGCCGAAGCGGUGCUGAGUACCUUCGUGGGAGAGCCUGUGGGGUCGCGGUAGUACGCGACGUCUUGGUCCACGAGGAUGGUGCUCUUCGGGACAGAUGGCGGGUUCUCGAGGACACGGAACUUCGAAUGGCGAGAUGGAUGACGGACCUUGACGAGACCGUUGAAUUGAGCACGAAUCGACUGUAUACCUUCGGCAAUGCCGAUGGGGUCGUGGAAGACAGCAUUUUCUGUGUAGAUCUUGUAGGUUUCCUAUACUCUCGGUGA